UAGGACAGGUACACAAUUGCUUGGUCUACACAAGUAGGACGAGGACACAACUGCUUGGUCUACACAAGUAGGACGAGGACACAACUGCUUGGUCUACACAAGUAGGACGAGUACACAACUGCUUGGUCUACACCAUAGGACGGGUACACAACUGCAGGCGGGCGGGCGUGUCAUUCCGACAUGGAGAACAAGGCGGACGUCAAAGCCAUCAUGGCUCGCUUCCAAGCGGGCGGCGUGGGCGAGAGCGCUCCGUCACCGCCGGGACGACCCAAGGCGCCCCUCAACUCCACCCUCUCCAGCGGCCCCGGCCCCCUGCCCAAGAAGCCCGUCUUGGAGAGCCUCUCGGGCGGCGGCACACCUCCCAAACCGUCUCACCUCAAAAACCCGGCGCUUGGACACAACAAAACCAAAGUCCUGACAAACAGGUUUGACCGCGGCCAGGAUGGGACCGGUAAAGUCCCCGAUCGAGGACUCGGGAAGAGUCCCGAAGCUUCAAGUCCGACGCCAAAGGGAGCCCUCAAGCCGACCAUCUCCAGCCCCAAACCCACGUUCCCUAAACCUCCUCCUGCUGACAGCAAGCCCAGCGGUGGCUCCUCCCCGGCCCCGGCCCCGGCCCCGGCCCCGGCCCCGGCCCCGGCCCCACACCCCACCACGCCGCCCAGAAUGCCCCCUUUGCACCAGAAACCCGGCAGCAGCUUGGUGAGACUCUGGCAGCAGAGUGAAACCAACGCCCCACAGGGGGUCCUCCAAGACAGUCAGGUGGUCUCUCCUCCCAGGCCUCCAGCCAGCAAGAAGCCCAGCUUGAGGAAACCUGCCUCGCAGCAUUCUCACAACCACGAUGCUAACAAUCCCAUUAAUGGCGGCUCUAACGGCGACACCGCCUCGGGACCGGGACGGAACCCGCUCCCAAACAGUCUGACUCUGGGUCCUGCUCCGGCUAAGCCUGCCAGACCCCCGAACGUGGACCUGGAGGACUUCAGAAGAUCUGCUGGAAGUGGCACUUUCGACAGAAGCGUGCCCCCGACGACUUUGGCUCCUGGUAACCAUAGCAACCACACCGCCCAGCCGCCACAAAGUGCACUCCCAAGUCUGCCGCCGCGACCCUUUGGGAGCACCAUGCACCAAGAAGAGUCUUACGACGACGUCGAGGACGUCAGGAUGAAGUCUCCGCCUCCUCCGCCUCUACCGCCGUCCACAGCUCAUCCAAGUCAGAGGGCCAAGGAGGAAGAAGACGAGGGCAGCAGCGACGAUGUGUACGAGCCUCUCGAUGAACCGUGGGAAGAAGAGGAGAAGAAGAAAGAGGAGAGAAGACAACUGGAGGCGGAGAAGAAGGAGCAGAAAUGUCGAGAGAAGAAGGAACAAGAAGCUAGGAAGAAAUUCAAGCUGGUGGGACCCUUGGAGGCGGUCCAUCAAGGCAGGGUCUGUGCGGACUGCAGGGGCAGUAAGACGGAACUGGCACUGAAGCGAGGAGACGCCUUGGACGUCAUCAGAGUCCAAGGCAACCCUGAGGGCAAGUGGCUGGGACGCAAACAGGAUGGAAGCAUCGGCUACGUGAAGACCACGUCGGUGGAGAUCGACUUCAACUCCCUGAAGAGCCAUCAAGCCCAGCAGGUGUCCAAGUUUGACGUCUACGACGACGUGGACGUGGCCUCGUCGGACAGCAGCGGAGGAGUUGUCCUACCGCCGCCGCCCCCGAACGAGGACUGGGAAAUAUACAACGAUGUCAUAGAUCCAGACUUGGAUGUCAGUCCCCUCCAGUCCAGGUUCGCCGUCAGCAAGCCUCACGUUCUCCUCAAGUUGUUUGACAGAAACCGACGUCCUGCCAACGCUAAAGUAUUGCCUCCACCCAGCCAGUUCACAGCAGAAGACGAUUCAGAUGCAUUUGACGAGAUCUACUGCGACGUUGACGCCCAAAACCAGCCGCCGCCUCCGCCCAUCAGCAGCAUUCCCGGCUUAAAAGGCAAAGGCAAGGCUGAACCGUCGAACCCAAAGAAGGUGAAAAAGUUUGAGAAGGAGGAGAAAGAGUUCAGGAAAAAGUUCAAAUACGACGGGGAGAUCCAGGUGCUGCGCCGGGCCAGCAUCACCACCUCCUCCGCUCUGAUCAACAAGAAGUGGGGCGGCAAGGAUCUGGCGGUGCGAGCCGGGGAGAACGUGGACGUGGUGGUGAGGACCGGAGACGACAAAGUCAUCUGCAGGAACCAGGAGGGCAAAUUCGGUUACGUCUCCACCUGCCACAUCUCCAUGGACGAUGGCGACAUUUAUGACGACGUUGGCGACGAUUGCAUCUACGACAACGAAUGAGUGAAUGCAUCCCCGGUAUAUACACAUUAUACAUGUAUACAGU